AUGUCCUUUGCUCAGAUCGUUAUAGGGCCACCAGGUUCUGGGAAAUCAACAUACUGUAAUGGGACAGCACAAUUCUUUAAUGCCAUCGGAAGACAUGGGCAGAUAGUAAAUAUGGAUCCUGCAAAUGAUUCACUUCCUUAUCCAUGUGCGGUGGAUAUUAGAGAUUUUAUUACAAUUGAAGAAAUUAUGCAGGAACAACAAUUAGGACCUAAUGGUGGUUUGAUGUAUGCUAUGGAAUCACUAGAUAAAUCCAUAGAUUUAUUUGUAUUACAAAUAAAAUCUUUGGUACAGGAGGAAAAGGCUUAUUUAGUAUUUGAUUGCCCUGGUCAAGUAGAACUUUUCACUCAUCAUUCUUCACUUUUCAGAAUCUUUAAAAGAUUAGAGAAAGAAUUAGACAUGAGAUUUUGUGUAGUAAAUCUUAUAGAUUGCUACUACCUAACUUCACCUUCACAAUAUAUUUCAAUUCUUUUAUUGGCAUUGAGAUCUAUGCUUAUGAUGGAUCUACCACAGAUUAAUGUAUUUUCCAAGAUUGAUAUGAUCAAAUCGUAUGGGGAACUUCCAUUCAAUUUAGAUUACUAUACAGAUGUACAAGAUCUCGACUAUCUUUUACCAUAUGUGGAAAAGGAGAGUAAUAGUAUAAUGGGUAAGCGUUACGCAAAAUUAACUGAAACUUUAAGUGAAAUGGUUUCAGAUUUCAACCUAGUAUCAUUUGAAGUACUAGCAGUAGACGACAAAGAAAGUAUGAUCAACUUACAAUUAUCAGUGGAUAAAGCUAAUGGUUAUAUAUUCGGUGCAUCAGAGGUUGGUGGUGAUACUGUAUGGGCUGAAGCAACAAGAGAUCAAGGUCUGCGUGAGAACAAUAUACAAGAUAGAUGGAUAGAUAAUAAAGAGUUAUAUGAUAAAGCGGAACAAAAAAGAAGAGAAGAGAUUGAGAAGGAUAGGGAGAUGCAAGAAAAAGAGAUUGAUGUCGAUAAUGAAGAUGAAUGGGAUAAAGCUUUGAAGGAUUGGGAAGAAAAGCAAGGUACGGACUAUGUAAGGUAG